UAUUGAUCAUUUUCCACAAUCUCAUCUCAGCCCAUCUCCUCUCUUCACUUUCUUUCUUCAUUUUCGAACUAUAGUAGCGAACCAGCAGAGCAAACCAGCGCGGCUGAGAUCAAAUUUCAGCCGAAAGUCAGAAAUAAACCGCCCGAAAAUCCCAGCCAGGGCCAGCUAUACUUGUACUUGUAAAUAACAUGGAAAAAGGGAAAAUGCAGAGUGAUGAGAAUAAAGAAGUGGUGCCUUGUAUUGAAAGGCGAAAAAAGCUUCCCAAUCCGGUGGAGAAGGAGAAAGCGGUUAAUCUAUGGUCUUUGAUUAAAGACAAUGUUGGAAAAGAUCUUACAAGAGUUUGUUUACCUGUGUACUUCAAUGAACCAAUUUCAUUACUUCAAAAAUGUUGUGAAGAAUUGGAGUACUCUUAUCUUUUGGAUCAAGCAUACCAACAUGGGAAAGAUGGGGAUAGCAUCCAAAGGAUUUUGAAUGUUGCGGCGUUUGCAGUGUCUGCGUAUGGUUCGUCUAAAGAUCGUCAUUGCAAGCCCUUCAAUCCAUUGUUAGGGGAAACUUAUGAAGCUGACUUUCCUGAUAAAGGAUUUCGCUUCUUUUCCGAGAAGGUGUGUCAUCACCCAACAGCUGUGAUUGCUUGCCAUUGUGAAGGUAGAGGUUGGAAAUUUUGGGGUGACAGCAACCUUCACACAAAAUUUUGGGGAAGAUCAAUUCAGCUUGACCCUGUUGGAAUUCUCACACUAGAAUUUGAUGAUGGUGAAAUUUUUCAGUGGAGCAAGGUUACAACAAACAUAUACAAUCUUAUGAUUGGAAAAGUGUAUUGUGACCAUCAUGGGACCAUGCAAAUAAGUGGUAAUGGCAAAUUUUUGUGUAAAAUCAAGUUUAAAGAGAAGACUAUUCUUCACCGAAAUCAUCACCAGGUUCAUGGAUUUGUUGAAGAUGAUUUGGGAAAAAAAGUUGCUACAAUAUUUGGAAAGUGGGAUGAAAGCUUGUAUUAUGUUAAUGGUGAUAGAGGAAAAAAUAUGAAGGCAUGUAGUUCCUCCUCUGAUGCAUUAUUACUGUGGAAAAGGACUUUGCCGCCAGUUAAUCUCACUCGAUACAACUUAACUUCGUUCGCGAUUACUUUGAAUGAGCUAACGGAAGGUUUGCAGGAGAAACUCCCUCCUACGGAUUCCAGACUUAGACCGGAUCAACGAUAUGUAGAAAAUGGAGAAUAUGAGAAGGCAAAUGCUGAGAAACAACGUUUAGAGAAAAGGCAAAGGAUGUCAAGGAAAAUACAAGAAAGUGGUUGGAAAGCAAGAUGGUUCAAAAGAGAAGGUGAAGAUGGACCUUUUCACUACAUGGGUGGCUAUUGGGAGGCACGUGAGAAAGGAAAAUGGGAUGAAUGUCCCAACAUAUUUGGUGACUACAUUGCUGCCACUUUACUCUUACAGGAUUUCAAGCUCUUCUCCAAUUCAUCUGGGCUACAAGACAUUGUAUGAGCAAAUCAACAGUUUAUGGGGCUGGUAUGGAUCCACUAACUUUUGAUAGAUUGUGAGCAUCUUUGGUUUCCAAAGAAGUUCUCUCCCUUUUAAGUACCUUGGCUUGAAAAUCGAAUCAAAAAGAAUUUCUCCUAUUGAUUAUGAGUGUCCAGUUGACAAAAUAACUAGCUAAAUUUUUCUGCCAUUAAUUGCAGAAAAAUCUUUAUUUUUUUUCUUUCUUUUACAUUCCCGACGGUUUAAAACCAUCGCCUAUAACAGUACAGGCGACGGUUUUAAACAGUGUCCUAUACUAUAGGCGACAGUUUAAACCGUCGCCUAACCAUUGCCUAUUCUGCUCAUUUUACGACGGUCGUAUAGGUGACGGUUAUAGAAACCGGAUUACUUUAAAUGACUGUUUAAAAACGUCAAGAAAAUCCUUUUUUGUAGUAGUAUUUAUAUCGUUGUGUAUUCUUUAUCGUUAAUAGAAUGGAUAUUAUUAUAUAGAAAUUAAUAUUGUGUUAUGUUGGGUACAAUUUACUAAUUGAAUAAAUAGGAUUUUUG